CUGGGAGUGAGAUCCAAGCAAUGACAGGCUUGGAGCAACAGCCAGAAGCAGGGUCUGGAAAAAAUAAGCAAACGCUAGUUACCUAUGCUGGGACCUUCACGGAGCAAACGCCGCUACUUGGACUGUUUGGGCCACCAGCUCUCCAGCUCUCUUCUGGUAGGCUGACCAGGCAAGACCAUCUGCCACUAGUCAACACGGGAGAGUGGGUGGGUGGGGAUCAAAACGGCCAAAAGGGUCAAUAAAAAAGGGUAGCGCAGGCAGGAAAAGGGGGAACAAAUCUUGAAUUUGUCCUCCUCCGCUCCAGUUAUUUAUUAGGUCUGUUUAUUGACCUUUGUUGACGCUGAGAUGUUUACUCGGUGCCGAGAUCCCGUGACCAGCCCCUGAAACCGAUGGAUGACUCAGUUAAUAUCA